CCCCCUUUCUGGUCGCGCCAUCCGGCGGAAAUUCUCGCCCCGUCCGCAUGGCGGACGUGGCGCCGCCGCCGCCGCCCUAUGUGCCGCCAGCCAAGCGGCCGAGACCGCUAGAGCCGGAGAAGUCUCCCAGCGACAAGAACUCGUACCGCUUGCUGGUGUUCCCCAGCGGGUUCGAGGCGUUGCUGGUCUCCAGCGCGGAUGUCAAGAAGAGCCGCGCGGCCUGCGCGGUGGCGGUGGGUGCCGGGUCCUUCAACGACCCCCCGAAGUGCCAGGGCCUGGCGCACUUUUUGGAGCACAUGCUCUUCAUGGGCAGCGAGAAGUACCCAGGCGAGGACGAGAUGGAGUCCUUCCUCUCGAAGAACGGGGGCUCCAGCAAUGCCUUCACCGACUGCACGCACACCUGCUACUACUUCGAAGUGGACAAGGCUGGCUUGCACACUGGCCUGGAUAUGCUUGCUCAGUUCUUCGUCGCCCCGCUGCUGAAGACCAACUCUGCGGAGCGGGAGCUGCAAGCCAUCGAGUCCGAGUUUCGGCUCACCCAGAACUCGGACGACUCGCGGCUGGAAGCCUUGCUGGGCUCCUUCGCCAAGCCUGGCCAUCCCUUCCGGAAGUUCGGAUGGGGCAAUCUUCAGAGCCUUCAGGAAGAGCCCAAGCGCCGCAAAGUGGACGUCUACGGGGAGCUUCUGCGAUUCUUCGCGUUGCACUACCAGGCCUCCGCGCUGCGGCUCUGCGUCUUCGGAGUGGAGUCCCUGGAUAGCCUCGAAUCCGCGGUGCGGCGCUCCUUCGCAGAGUUGGAGGCGGCCACGGUGCCGCGCCAGCCCAAAGAAGACCCGCCCUUCGAGGACACCUUGCUGCCCGCGCUGCUGCGGGUGCGCCCUGUGCAGGACCUUCAGAAGUUGAGCCUCUCUUGGCAGCUGCCGCGCUCGCAGCAUCUCUACCUCACCUCGCCCCUGUGCUACCUGGGGCACCUGGUGGGUCACGAGGGCGCCGGCUCCUUGCAGUCCUUCCUCAAGGCCGAAGGCCUUGCCACAGAGGUGGAGGCAGGGGUGGGGGAGGACGACUUUGCGAACAACUACCUGUGCACCAUCUUCAACAUCGAGAUCACCUUGACACAGAAGGGCCUCACUGUUUGGCCAGAGGUGGCGCACUGCGGGUUCCUGUACCUGUCGAUGCUCAAAACGCAAGGCCCACAGCAGUGGGUCUUUGAGGAGCUGAGGCGAGCGCAGGACAUGUCUUGGCGCUUCCUGGAGGAGACGGAUCCCGUGGAACACGUUCAGAAGCUCGCGUGCCAGAUGCUGCCAGACUUGGGCCGCGCGCCGGAGCACAUCUUGAAGGGCGACUGGAUGCUUUCGCGCUGGGAUCCGGAGGCCAUUUCACAGUUCCUGGGCCGCUUGGCGCCGGAGAAAUGCUUGCUGGCGCUGGUCUCCAGCAGCUUCGGCCAGGCUCAGUCCUCCAAGGCGGAAGGAGAAGAGGGCGAGGAGGAGGAGCUUCGCGAGACAGACCCAGAGCUGGACACGGUGAAGGACCCCUGCUUCGACUUGGAGGCGGCCGGGCCCCCGCAGCGCGCGGCCUACUUCGGCACGGAGUACUGGAGGGCGGAGAAGGAGGAGGUGCUGACGCUGCUGGAGCGUUGGCAGGGGACUUGCAGUGGCCUAGCUGCAGAUGCGGCGGCAUAUCUGCGGCUUCCUGACCGGAACCCCUUCUUCGCGGAGAACUUUGGGCUGAAAGAUCCUUCUGGGGCCUCGAAGCCGCCGUCCCUCGAGGAGUGGCUGCCUCAAGGUUCGUCGGCUCCCCCCGGCUUCCCCGCGCCGGUGCCGCGGCCUGCGGCCUUGGCGGCCGCCGUGCCAGCAUGGCACCUGCAGGAGACGGUGCUGCGACUGCCCCGCAGCGAGGUCUGGGUGAAGCUGUCGGCAUCUUCAACUCAAAGCUGCGAGGCAUCUGCGCUGAUGGCGUGGCUCGCGCGCGUCAUCACGGACUCCUUGAACGAGACAGUGUACCUAGCCGAGCAGGCCUCCCUGGAGCUGCGGGUCCAGGAGGAGUUCUAUGGCCUGGACCUGCGGAUCGGAGGCUUCCACGACAAGCUGCCGCAGCUCCUAGCCCACGGCCUGCAAGCAGUGCGAAGCUGUGCGGAGACCCUGCGAGGCGGCGCAAAGGAAUUUGAGCGCCGGGCUCUGGCACAGAAGGAGGAGCUGCUGCGGGGCUGGAGGAACGAGUACAUGAAGCCAGAGGACCAUUGCGCGGACCUGCGCCGAGCCCUCGUGAUGCCCCACAAGUUCCUGAGCCUCAGCCGCGCGGAGGCGCUGCAAGACGUCACCCUGGCGCAGCUCGCAGACUUUGCGGAGGCGCAGGUGCCGGCGCUGGAGCUGGAGGCCUUGUGCCAGGGCAACUGCACGGCAGAGGAGGCCCGAGGACUGGUGGACUCCCUGCCGGCGCUGCUCGGGCGAGACACCUCCACGCCCUCAGCUUCGUCCGCGCAUGCGGCGCACCCAGCGGUGAAGGUGGUGGAGAUACCCAGCGGUCAGCCGGUGGUUUGGGUUCAGGAUAGCUUGGACCCCGGCAACCGCAACGUCGCACUGGAGAUGUAUUGGCAGUUGGGCCUCUCCCAGGAUGAGGCCAAAGACACCGCCCAGGUGGAGCUGCUGUCGGAGCUGCUCAGCGAGCCCCUCUUCGACCAGCUCCGCACCAAGCAGCAGCUGGGCUACGUGGUCAGCUGCGGCUCGCGCUGGACCCACCGGGUGCAGGGUUUUUCAGUGUGGAUCCAGUCCUGCAAGUUCCCGCCGGCCGAGCUGUGCAAGCGAGUGGACGCCUUCUUGGAGACCUUCCAACGCAUGCUCGCCGAGAUGAGUGACGAGGACUUCCGGCGGCAGAAGGAGGCGCUGGCCGCUGCCAAGCUGGAGCCGGAGCGGUCCCUGCAAGGCAUGCAGCAAGCAGCCUGGGCCGAGCUGCAAGAGAGGAGUCACUGCUUCGACAGGCACUGGCAGGAGGCGCUGGUGCUGUAUCGCCUGCCCAAAGCUUCGGCGGCGGAGCUACUGACGCGGCUCCUCGACGCUUCGCGCAGGCUGGUGAUCACCGCUGCUGUGGGGGGCCGUGCCAAGUGCUGUAGCGGCGCCGCAGCCGCGGCAGCAGAGCUACAGGAGCUGUACCCCACUAGCCGAUUGGUCUCCAGCCGCGAUGACUUCUUGCGGACCGUUGGUGUUAUCGACACCUGA